AUGCGCAAAUGGAUGCUGACAUGGAACCUUCAAAAUCCGUUCUCGGGACUGUACUUGCAUGCCAUCUUCCUGUUGGGCAGCGUGCGUGUGGUCUACAGUGACUGCACUCCAGAGCAACUUGCUGCCAUCAUGAACUGCUCCAAACACGAGCGCCACACCAGGAACUACGACUACAUGGAGGGAGGAGACGUGCGCAUCCGUCAGCUGUUCAGCCGCACACAGUGGUUCCUGAAAAUCGACGACAGAGGCAACAUCACUGGGACUCAAGAUGCCACCGACUGCAACAGUAUCCUGGAGAUCAGGACCGUGUCCGAAGGGGGCGUCCUGGCCAUCAAAGGUGUGAAGAGUCAGCUCUAUAUUUGUAUGACCAAGGCUGGAGUGCUGCAAGGCGAGGAAACCUACAAUGACAAGUGCAACUUCAAGGAGGUCUUCCUAGAAAACUACUUCAACGCUUACUCCUCGUCAAAGUGGACAAAAAACGGCAAAGAAAUGUUCAUAGCUCUGUCUCAGAAGGGAAAGCCGAUGCGGGGGAAGAAGACGAGGAGGAAGCACAUAGCAUCUCACUUCAUCCCCAUGAAAUGCAGGGAGGAAGAGCGGAGGGUGGACUGA